CGGGUGAAGUUGGAUGCCACAAAGCUAAGCCACAGACUGCACCAGCUGAUGCCCAGCACCAGGUACACGGUCAGGCUGCACGCCCUGCAGGACAGUGAGAGGACGGGCGCUGUGACGGCACACUUCAACACAGUCAGUGCACACAUCCCAUUCCCGAAGGACUGCGGAGAAGAACGCAGCAAUGGGAGAACAGAGUCCAGCAUCGUCACCCUCUACCUGAACGGGAGCAAAGACAAACCCAUCAGAGCGUACUGCGACAUGGAGACCGAUGGCGGGGGCUGGCUCGUUUUCCAGAGGAGAAUAGACGGCAAGACCAACUUCAUCAGGAACUGGAAGGCCUACGAGAAAGGCUUCGGAGAUCUGGCUGGGGAGCACUGGCUGGGGUUGUUGAAGCUGCACCAGCUGACAGCACAGCAACAUUACCAACUCCGUGUGGAUCUGCGGAACGGUCAGGAAUCUGCCUACGCUACCUACGAUAACUUUUUGGUGGAGAGCCCAGCCGAGAGAUACAAACUGAGAGUGGGCAAAUAUUCCGGGAAUGCCGGAAACUCCUUGGCAUAUCAUCACGGCAGCAACUUCACCACCAUCGAUGCUGACAAUGACGAGGCUCUCACAAACUGUGCUGUCUCCUAUCGAGGAGGCUGGUGGUAUAAAAACUGUCAUCGUGUCAAUCUCAACGGAGAGUAUGGAAACAACAGGGACCAUCAGGGUGUGAACUGGUAUAGCUGGAAAGGCUUCGAGUUCUCCAUACCCUUCACUGAGAUGAAGAUGAGGCCUUAUAAGUUUGUCAGUUCCGUCAGGAAGGAGUGAGGCACAGGGCCACCGCCAGGGGACAAUUCUAAAGCUCACAGCUAAUUCUUCUCCCGGACUUUGCGAUUUUACUGCAGUCGUCAUGAAGCCUACGAUUUUUUAGUCUCUGUUUAUGUUCUGCUGGGAUCUGGGCCUGUUGACCUUUGAACCCACCAACAACAAGACCCAACACCAGCGUAUGGCCUAUCACUCGCCGGCUUCAAAUUGUGUGGUUCCAAAAUUAUUCACCAAAUCAUAGAGUUAACCAAAUGUUGGAGAAGGAAUUGGAAAGGGUAGGGGGGGAGGGUGGGGACAUUCAAAGCUCCAAGACUUUGGAUGCUGCUGUUUUCUGAUCGCCAGCCUCUUGUAUAUCUGCUGCUUUCUAGUAUAUGAGUGCUAGGAUCAAUCUCUAAUACCAGAAACUGCCCCCAUUGCAUUUUAAAGAGAUUUAACUUGAUGAAUUUUUGUUUUGAAGUUAUUUUGUAUUUUUUUUUCUCUGUUAUUUUGAAAUACAUUUGAUGUGCCUUUUCUAA